UGGCGCCGCCGCCGCGCUGACCGCGCCGCGCCGCCAUGGCCGGGGCCAUCGCGUCCCGUAUGAGCUUCAGCUCCCUCAAGCGCAAGCAGCCCAAGACCUUCACCGUGCGCAUCGCCACCAUGGACGCCGAGAUGGAGUUCAGCUGCGAGGUGAAGUGGAAAGGGAAGGACCUGUUUGAUCUGGUGUGCAGGACACUGGGACUGCGGGAAACCUGGUUCUUCGGGCUGCAGUACACCAUCAAGGACACCGUGGCUUGGCUCAAAAUGGACAAGAAGGUCCUGGAUCAUGAUGUCCCCACAGAGGAGCCCAAAACCUUUCAUUUCCUGGCCAAAUUUUAUCCUGAGAAUGCAGAGGAGGAAUUGGUCCAGGAAAUCACCCAGCACUUGUUCUUCCUGCAGGUGAAGAAGCAGAUUUUGGAUGAGAAGAUCUUCUGUCCUCCUGAAGCCUCUGUCCUGCUGGCCUCUUACGCUGUCCAAGCCAAGUACGGUGACUACGAUCCCAAUGUCCACAAGAGAGGCUUCCUGGCACAGGAGGAAUUGCUUCCCAAGCGGGUAAUAAACCUGUACCAGAUGACUCCAGAGAUGUGGGAGGAGAGGAUAACAGCCUGGUACGCAGAGCACCGGGGCAGAGCCAGAGAUGAAGCUGAAAUGGAAUAUCUGAAGAUAGCCCAGGACCUGGAGAUGUAUGGCGUGAAUUACUUCGCCAUCAGGAAUAAAAAGGGUACAGAGCUGCUCCUUGGAGUUGAUGCCUUGGGUCUUCACAUUUAUGACCCAGACAACAGGUUGACUCCUAAAAUCUCCUUCCCAUGGAACGAGAUCCGGAAUAUCUCCUACAGUGAUAAAGAGUUUACGAUUAAGCCAUUGGACAAAAAGAUUGAUGUUUUUAAAUUCAAUUCAUCAAAGCUGCGUGUGAAUAAGCUGAUUCUUCAGCUGUGCAUUGGGAACCACGACCUCUUCAUGAGGAGGAGGAAGGCAGACUCGUUGGAGGUGCAGCAGAUGAAAGCACAGGCCAGGGAAGAGAAGGCCAGGAAGCAGAUGGAACGACAGUGCCUGGCACGAGAGAAGCAAAUGAGAGAAGAGGCUGAGAGGACCAGGGAUGAGCUGGAGAGGAGGCUGAUGCAGCUAAAGGAGGAGGCAACCAUGGCCAACGAGGCUCUGAUGAGGUCGGAGGAGACGGCAGAUUUGCUGGCGGAGAAGGCGCAGAUCACGGAGGAGGAGGCCAAGCUGCUGGCUCAGAAGGCGGCUGAGGCCGAGCAGGAGAUGCAGCGCAUCAAGGCCACGGCCAUCCGCACUGAGGAGGAGAAGCGGCUGAUGGAGCAGAAGGUGCUGGAGGCAGAGAUGUUGGCACUGAAAAUGGCCGAGGAGUCGGAGAGGAGGGCAAAGGAGGCUGAUCAGCUCAAGCAGGACCUGCAGGAGGCUCGUGAGUCGGAGCGCAGAGCGAAGCAGAAGCUCUUGGAGAUCACCAGCAAGUCUUCCUACACACAGUCCAUGAACUCAAGUACCACAGCACUGCCCACUGACCUGCCAAGCUUCAACCUCAUCAGUGAGAGCCUCUCUUUUGACUUCAAGGACACGGACAUGAAGAGGCUGUCCAUGGAGAUCGAGAAGGAGAAGGUGGAGUACAUGGAGAAAAGCAAGCACCUGCAGGAGCAGCUGAACGAGCUGAAGACAGAAAUUGAGGCACUGAAGCUCAAGGAGAGAGAGACAGCUCUGGAUAUUUUGCACAACGAGAACUCCAGCCGGGGCAACAGCAAGCACAACACUAUUAAAAAGCCUCAAGCCCAGGGCAGAAGACCUAUCUGCAUUUGAGAAUUCCAAGUAGGUUAUUCCAAGCUCACCCUACAGAGCACCAAGUCCCGUGUGGCCUUCUUCGAGGAGCUCUAGGGAACAAGUGCUCCGCACCGCUGCUGCUUCCCCACGGCUCCGCCCAGCCGGAGCCUGCCCGGAGCCGGGGGCUCCCAGAGGGAUCACCCGGACCCCGCUGGCUGCUCCAGCCUCUGCACACCCACAGGCUCGGGGCCGGCUGCCCACGGACUGUGUGAUGUUCUCUAGCUUAGCAGCCUGUCAUCUUCCUCCUGACACUUUGUUUUCCUGGGUUUUCCAGCUUUUUUUCCUUAUUUUUCUAGUAUUGCUUCCAGGCUCGGCCCUCCAGGCUUUUCCCUGGAGCCGGGGUCGGGGCUGUGGCCGUGCCUUGCCACGCUGGCAGCCAGCAGAGGAGUGAUCCCGAGGGUCUCCCCCACCCUCUGGGUUGCCUUCUCCUGCCGGCUCUGGAGCCCCUUGUGCCGGUCUGGAAUUCCACGUGCCGAGCCUGGAGCGCCGCUCCACUCCCGGAGCCCCGUGCGGGCGGCGGUGCCGGGAGCUCCAUUAGGAUCCCGAGCAUGUUCCAGUGGAGUGCUGUAAAUCAGGAACGUCGCGCUGGCUCUCCCAGCGCCCGCUGGGGUGGGAGGGGAGCAGAGAGCGGGAGGACAGGGACCUGGGCUGGGGGGAUCCUGGGCUGCUUCCCUGGGGAGAGGUGGGAGGAAGGGCUCCUCCUCCUCCUCCCUGCUGGGAACAGGGAGCGGGAGAACAGCUAGUGCCAACCAAAUGAAAUCUUAUUGUUCCUGCAAACUGUGACAAACCUGGGCAGCUUCAGGCUGGGGCGAUUCAGGGGUUCUGGGCUGCGCUUUCCCUGGGUCCCAGAGCAUCCCAGCCCCUCGGAGCCCCCUGGGAAUGGCGCUAUCCCGGGCUUGGCCCGGGGCUCCCUGCUCCUGCCUGUCCCAUCGUGGGUGCCUUUGCUCUGACCCCCCCUCCCCGGGGGGGAACAGGGAUGUCCUGACCUUCCCUUCCUGUCUCCGUCCCAAAUCCUGUGCCCCUCUCGGGUGGAAUCCUCUUCCAGCUGCGUUUACCCUCCAGCAGAGCCAGUGCUGCCCCGGGGAUCCCUCACAUCCCCUCAGGAUCCCCAAUUCCUCCUUUCCACAAGCUCUCCUGGCCCACAGCCCCACCGGAGGCUCAGCCCGGGGCUUGGCGGGGAGUAAAUCCCAUCCCAAUCCUGUUUAUUUAAACGCUGGGAUCGAUUCCCCGCACGUGGCUGCAGUUCAGAUGGCUGUGGCCUGGCACAGCCGCUUUCCCAUUCCCUGGACUGUUGUACUCCGAAGGAAUAACUGUUUUCUCCUGUUUUAAUAAAAAUUCACAGCACUAGGA